AUGGACCGGUUGGAUCAACUGGCCUGUUGGUCCGAUGGACCGGUUGGACCAACUGGCCCGUUGGUCCGAUGGACCGGUCGGGCCAACUGGCGUGUUGGUCCGAUGGACCGGUUGGACCAUCUGGCCUGUUGGUCCGAUGGACCGGUUGGACCAACUGGCCUGUUGGUCCGAUGGACCGGUUGGACCAACUGGCCUGUUGGUCAAAUGGACCGGUUGGACCAAAUGGCGUGUUGGUCCGAUGGACCGGUUGGACCAUCUGGCCUGUUGGUCCGAUGGACCGGUUGGACCAACUGGCCUGUUGGUCCGAUGGACCGGUUGGACCAACUGGCCUGUUGGUCCGAUGGACCGGUUGGACCAACAGGCCUGUUGGUCCGAUGGACCGGUUGGACCAACUGGCCUGUUGGUCCGAUGGACCGGUUGGACCAACUGGCCUGUUGGUCCGAUGGACCGGUUGGACCAUCUGGCCUGUUGGUCCGAUGGACCGGUUGGACCAACUGGCCUGUUGGUCAAAUGGACCGGUUGGACCAACUGCCAUGUUGGUCCGAUGGACCGGUAAGACCAACUGGCCUGUUGGUCAAAUGGACCGGUUGGACCAACUGGCCUGUUGGUCCGAUGGACCGGUUGGACCAACUGGCCUGUUGGUCCGAUGGACCGGUUGGACCAACUGGCAUGUUGGUCCGAUGGACCGGUAAGGCCAACUGGCCUGUUGGUCAAAUGGACCGGUUGGACCAACUGGCCUCUUGGUCCGAUGGACCGGUUGGAUCAACUGGCCUGUUGGUCCGAUGGACCGGUUGGACCAACUGGCCAGUUGGUCCGAUGGACCGGUUGGACCAACUGGCCUGUUGGUCCGAUGGACCGGUUGGACCAACUGGCCUGUUGGUCCGAUGGACCGGAUGGACCAACAGGCCUGUUGGUCCGAUGGACCGGUUGGACCAACUGGCCUGUUGGUCAAAUGGACCAGUUGGACCAACUGGCGUGUUGGUCCGAUGGACCGGUUGGACCAACUGGCCUGUUGGUCCGAUGGACCGGUUGGACCAACUGGCCUGCUGGUCCGAUGGACCGGUUGGAUCAACUGUCCUGUUGGUCCAAUGGACCGGUUGGAUCAACUGUCCUGUUGGUCCGAUGGACCGGUUGGACCAACUGGCUUGUUGGUCCGAUGGACCGGUUGGACCAACUGGCCUGUUGGUCCGAUGGACCGGUUGGACCAACUGGCCUGUUGGUCCGAUGGACCGGUUGGACCAACAGGCCUGUUGGUCCGAUGGACCGGUUGGACCAACUGGUCUGUUGGUCCGAUGGACCGGUUGGACCAACUGGCCUGUUGGUCCGAUGGACCGGUUGGACCAACUGGCCUGUUGGUCCGAUGGACCGGUUGGACCAACUGGCCUGUUGGUCCGAUGGACCGGUUGGACCAACUGGCCUGUUGGUCCGAUGGACCGGAUGGACCAACAGGCCUGUUGGUCCGAUGGACCGGUUGGACCAACUUGCCUGUUGGUCCGAUGGACCGGUUGGACCAACUGGCCUGUUGGUUUGAUGGACCGGUUGGACCAACUGGCCUGUUGGUCCGAUGGACCGGUUGGACCAACUGGCCUGUUGGUCCGAUGGACCGGAUGGACCAACAGGCCUGUUGGUCCGAUGGACUGGUUGGAUCAACUGGCCUGUUGGUCAAAUGGACCGGAUGGACCAACUGGCCUGUUGGUCCGAUGGACCGGUUGGACCAACUGGCCUGUUGGUCAAAUGGACCGGAUGGACCAACUGGCCUGUUGGUCCGAUGGAUCGGUUGGACCAACUGGCCUAUUGGUCCGAUGGACCGGUUGGACUAACUGGCCUGUUGGUCCGGUGGACCAGUUGGACCAAUUGUCCUGUUGGUCCAAUGGACCGGUUGGACCAACUGGUCCAAUUCAUUGGUUGGAUCAACUGUCCUGUUGGUCCAAUGGACCAGUUGGACCAACUGGUCCAAUGGAUUGGUUGGAUCAACUAGCCUGUUGGUCCGAUGGACCGGUUGGAUCAAUUGGCCUGUUGGUUCGAUGGACCAGUUGGACCAACUGGCCUGUUGGUCCGAUGGACCGGUUGGACCAACUGGCCUGUUGGUCCGAUGGACCGGUUGGACCAACUGGCCUGUUGGUCCGAUGGACCGGUUGGACCAACUGGCCUGUUGGUCCGAUGGACCGGUUGGACCAACUGGCCUGUUGGUCCGAUGGACCGGUUGGACCAACUGGCCUGUUGGUCCAAUGGACCGGUUGGACCAACUGGCCUGUUGGUCCGAUGGACCGGUUGGACCAACUGGCCAAUUGGUCAAAUGGACCGGUUGGACCAACUGGCCUGUUGGUCCGAUGGACCGGUUGGACCAACUGGCCUGUUGGUCCGAUGGACAGAUUGGACCAACUGGCCUGUUGGUCCGAUGGACCGGUUGGACCAACUGACCUGUUGGUCCGACGGACCGGUUGGACCAACUGGCCUGUUGGUCCGAUGGACCAGUUGGACCAACUGGCCUGUUGGUCCGAUGGACCGGUUGGACCAACUGGCCUGUUGGUCAAAUGGACCGGUUGGACCAACUGGCGUGUUGGUCCGAUGGACCGGUUGGACCAACUGGCCUGUUGGUCCGAUGGACCGGUUGGACCAUCUGGCCUGUUGGUCCGAUGGACCGGUUGGACCAACUGGCCUGUUGGUCCGAUUGGACCAGUUGGACCAACUGGCCUGUUGGUUCGAUGGACCGGUUGGACCAACUGGCCUGUUGGUCCGAUGGACCGGUUGGACCAACUGGCCAAUUGGUCAAAUGGACCGGUUGGACCAACUGGCCUGUUGGUCCGAUGGACCGGUUGGACCAACUGGCCUGUUGGUCCGAUGGACCGAUUGGACCAACUGGCCUGUUGGUCCGAUGGACCGGUUGGACCAACUGGCCUGUUGGUCCGACGGACCGGUUGGACCAACUGGCCAGUUGGUCCGACGGACCGUUUGGACCAACUGGCCUGUUGGUCCGAUGGACCGGUUGGACCAACUGGCCUGUUGGUCAAAUGGAUCGGUAAGACCAACUGGCCUGUUGAUCCGAUGGACCGGUUGGACCAACUGGCCUGUUGGUCCGAUGGACCGGUUGGACCAACUGGCCUGUUGGUCCGAUGGACCGGUUGGACCAACUGGCUCGUUGGUCCGAUGGACCGGUUGGACCAACUGGCCUGUUGGUCCGAUGGACCGGUUGGACCAACUGGACUGUUGGUCCGAUGGACCGGUUGGACCAACUGGCCUGUUGGUCCGAUGGACCGAUUGGACCAACUGGCCUGUUGGUCCGACGGACCGGUUGGACCAACUGGCCUGUUGGACCGACGGACCGGUUGGACCAACUGGCCAGUUGGUCCAACGGACCGUUUGGACCAACUGGCCUGUUGGUCCGAUGGACCAGUUGGACCAACUGGCCUGUUGGUCCGAUGGACCGGUUGGACCAACUGGCCUGUUGGUCCAAUGGACCGGUUGGACCAACUGGCCUGUUGGUCCGAUGGACCGGUUGGUCCAACUAGCCUGUUGGUCCGAUGGACCGGUUGGACCAUCUGGCCUGUUGGUCCGAUGGACCGGUUGGACCAACUGGCCUGUUGGUUCGAUGGACCGGUUGGACCAACUGGCCUGUUGGUCCGAUGGACCGGUUGGACCAACUGGCCAAUUGGUCAAAUGGACCGGUUGGACCAACUGGCCUGUUGGUCCGAUGGACCGGUUGGACCAACUGGCCUGUUGGUCCGAUGGACCGAUUGGACCAACUGGCCUGUUGGUCCGAUGGACCGGUUGGACCAACUGGCCUGUUGGUCCGAUGGACCGGUUGGACCAACUGGCCUGUUGGUCAAAUGGACCGGUUGGACCAACUGGCGUGUUGGUCCGAUGGACCGGUUGGACCAACUGGCCUGUUGGUCCGAUGGACCGGUUGGUCCAACUAGCCUGUUGGUCCGAUGGACCGGUUGGACCAUCUGGCCUGUUGGUCCGAUGGACCGGUUGGACCAACUGGCCUGUUGGUCCGAUGGAGGGGUUGGACCAUCUGGCCUGUUGGUCCGAUGGACCGGUUGGACCAACUGGCCUGUUGGUCCGAUGGACCGGUUGGACCAACUGGCCUGUUGGUCAAAUGGACCGGUUGGACCAACUGGCGUGUUGGUCCGAUGGACUGGUUGGACCAACUGGCCUGUUGGUCCGAUGGACCGGUUGGUCCAACUAGCCUGUUGGUCCGAUGGACCAGUUGGACCAUCUGGCCUGUUGGUCCGAUGGACCGGUUGGACCAACUGGCCUGUUGGUCCGAUUGGACCAGUUGGACCAACUGGCCUGUUGGUUUGA